GAGAGAUGGAUAGCAGAGGGGUUUGUUAAAUCCAGGGUUGGGUGGAACAUUGAGGAUGUUGGAAAAAGCUACUUUAAUGAGUUAAUCAAUCGAAGCAUGAUUGAGCCAUCAAGGGUGAGCGUAGAAGGAAAUGUUAAGAGUUGUAGAGUUCAUGAUAUCAUGCGUGAUGUCAUGGUGUCAAUUUCAAGAGAUGAAAAUUUUGUGUACUUGGCUGGAGAAAAUGUAACCAGUGUAGCAGAGAACUUCCGGCAUGUAGCAUUCCAUUGUAGAAGCAACAAUGAUUUAGGCAUGGACUGGUGCCAUGUUCGGUCAUUAACAAUGUUUAGUGAGAGACCCAAAGAGCUACCACCUUCACUUUGUUCACCCAACUUGAGAAUGCUUAGAGCUUUGGAUCUAGAAGGUGCACAAUUUAGAGUAACAGAGAAAGAUAUCAGCAACAUAGGAGUAUUGCGCCACUUGAAAUACAUGAAUCUUUCGUAUCCCAAAGGGUAUUCAAAUAUUUAUAAACUUCCAAGGUGUAUAGGAAAACUACAAGGCUUGCAGAUUUUGGACAUACGAGACACUUAUAUUUCAACCCUCCCAGUUCAAGUCAGUAAACUCCGGAGUCUCCGUAGCCUUCGUUGUUGCAAAAAUACAGUGCAUUCCAACUUCGGCCCACAUAGCCCUAGUGAACAGCUGGCAAAGAUCAGGCCGCCGCCCGUGCCCAUGAUAGUUACACCUGUAUAUGGUCCGGCCCAGGGUAACAGGGUCAAUGUGGUCUCUGGUGUACAAAUGGCCUACUCUAGCCGUUGGUUUGAGUCAGCGGGUGUGAGUUUGCCAAGAGGUAUUGGUAACUUAAAAGAGUUACUUAUACUGGAGGUUGUUGACAUCACACGAACUAGUGGAAAAGCAGUGAAAGAGAUGGGGGAGCUUACGCAGCUAAGAAAACUAAGUGUGGUAACACAAGGUGCCACCGAGGAAAAAUGUAAGCUCCUUUGUGUAGCUAUUCAGAAGCUCUCUUCACUGCGCUCUCUUCGCAUGGAAGCUAAUGGACGGGGUAAUGGCCAUGGAACACUUGAGUGGCUGCAUUCUCUUGUGUCUCCUCCACCCCUCCUGAAGACCCUGAACUUGGUUGGAAGUCUUGGAGAAGAGAUGCCCGCUUGGGUGGGAAGUCUGAUGCAUUUGGUGAAGGUUUACUUUGAGUACAACCGGCUGAAGGAAGAAAGUAAAACCUUGGAAAUACUAGGGACACUGCCGAAUCUCAUUCUCUUUCGUCUUGGGUGGGAUUCUUAUGUUGGAGACAAGCUAGUCUUUAAAGCGGAAGCAUUUCCAAGCCUGAUGACACUUGAUAUAUGGGGCCUCAAUCAACCAAGACAGUUGGCUUUUGAGAAGGGCUCCUCCCCUAAGCUGGAAACGGUACAAAUAUCUGGAGUCUUGCUGAGAUUGGGGAUUAUUGGUAUCAAGCACCUUCCAAGUCUCAAGGAGAUUACCCUUGGAGACUUUGCUCACGUGGCGAAUCUUGCCGUGCUGCGAAAUGAAGUGGACAUACACCCGAACCGUCCCAUGCUGCGACUGGCAGAGGGGCGGACCAGCCAUGACCUUGGAAGGAUCCCCAAAGGCUCCAAUGUACAAGUGAUAGAAGAAAAUGAAGAAUUAGAACCACCCCAAAUCCAUGAGCCUGCAGAAACAGGAGAGACCUCCUCGCAGACAUCGACGAGUGGGACCAACAGUGAAGACGAUGAACUUGAGGAUGUCCAAGGAUCUAAUGUUGUAAAAGUCGACGAAACAGAGGAGGAAUCAGCCCUCGCUCCUGAGACUGGGACGGCAGGAGAGAGCUCACAACCAGAGGUGGUGCUGGCCAUGCCGACAUCAAAAGACAGUGAAGGAGAAGGAUCUAAUGUUGUACAAGUAGAAGAAACAGAGGAGGAGCCAGUCCUCCUUCCUGAGAUUGGUACGGCGGGAGAGAGCUCACAAUCAGAGGUGGUGGAGGUCAUGUCGACAAUGGAAGUCAGCGAGAUCAAUGGCCAAGUGCAUGUCGAAUUUGAAGGCUUCUCUGUGGUGGAAGACGACGAAGAUGAUUUCUGCUCUUGCAUUUCUGAUGACCUGCAAGAUAAUCUUUCUUAGUGAAUGCUGCUCAAUUGUUUCUAUUCGGCGAUCAUCACUAGCAGAAGAACAUCACAGUUUGUAUUAUUGGCGAGCAGAACAAAACAUGGGUCAAAGCUGGAGCAGGGCAUGAUCAAAUCAACAGUCAUGUGGCAACGCAAAACCUACAACCUCAGUCUAAAAUUAAGAGGGAGUAUUUGUUUGCUGAGCAUUUUCGUGCAAAUGAACAUCAACUUCUGGUAUGUUAUUUCUCUAUGUUGUAAGCAUUAUACAGUGGUUACACAGUUUAAGUGGUUAUACAGUGUGCAAAAUGCUGUUAUG